UCCUCGUCCAGACAGGUGGAAUCUAGAGGUUUGAUUCUUACAUCUGGGACUGAUGAGAGGAUUUAAUGGAAGACUUUGCUGAUUUUUCUGUGCGUAAAAGUCCUGAGAGGGUUUAAAGAGCUCCCACAUCCCUGCGCAUCAUGUCCAGCUGUUUGCUGGGGAAGACCCUGGAGGAGCUGAGCCUGGAGGAGCUGAGCUUGGACUCGGGCUACGCGGCCGGGGAUCCCUGCCCGUCCCUCAGCCUGUCCUCCUCCGGCAGGUCCCGGUGGGGCCCCCGGGGCUCCGCGUACAGCAGGAGCAGGAGCAUCAGCUGGGACGCCCCCGCGGAGCUGCAUCCGGACCUGGAGGAGGUCCCCUGGACGCAGCCGGAGCUGCGGGCCGUGGUGCGGAGAGCCGCGGGCGGCGGGGACGCGCCCCUGACCGCGGACGCGCUGCGGCGCCUGUCCCUGCUGCUGCGCAGGGCGCUGCUGCGGGUGUCCCGGGAGGCGCAGCGGCUCAGCGCGCUGCACCGGCGGGUCACGCGCCUGGAGGUGGUGACCGCGGUGCGGCUGGUGCUGGGCCGCGGGCCGGCCGAGGCCUGCGUGUGCGCGGCCGUCAGGGCCGUGUCCCUGCACUGCAUGAGCUCCGGGGAGAGCGGGGUGUCGGCCCGCUGCGGCCUGGCUCUCUCCGUGGGCCGGUUCUUCAGGUGGAUGCUGGACACCAGGGUGUCCCAGCGCGUGCACGAGUACGCGGCCGUCUGCCUGACGGCGUGCGUGGAGAGCCUGGCCGAGCAGGUGGCCGGGCGCGCGCUGCGCGCGGCCAGGAUGAGCGUGGACCGGGUCACCGGCCCCCCCGUGACCCCCGAGCUGCUGGACGGAGCCGUGGACGGAGACGUGGAGCUGCGGGGGCUGCAGCCCUACGAGAGCCUCCUGUGGGGGAAACACACCAGUGGUGAGCUGUCGCUGCCGGUCCACGUCAGCCCGUACACCAAGGUUCCCGAGGAGCCCAUGGAGAGCAGGGAGGACGCCCUCAUCCACCUGGAGGUGCGGACGCUGGAGCAGGCGCUGCUCGCCACCUGCGUGGGCAGCAUCACAGAGCUCAGUGAUCUGGUGUCUCGGGCGAUGCGUCACAUGCAGCGGCUGCACAGUUCCAGGCCCUCCGUCAGCAACGCCCGCUCAGCCGGCCAGCCCUCGGUGUCCUGGGCCCCGGACGCUGUCCGUACCCUCUACUACUUCCUGUCCAGCCCGCAGAUGGAGUCCCUGGAGAAUCCCAACCUGGAUCCUUCGGCCAUGACGCUGAGCAGAGAGAGGCCGUUCCUGCUCCUCCCGCCGCUCAUGGAGUGGAUCCGGAUGGCCGUGGUGCACGCUGAACACCGCCGCAGCCUUCUGGUGGACAGCGAUGACGUCAGACAGACGGCCAGACAGCUCCUGCCAGGACUGGACUGUGAGCCCAGACAGCUGAGGUCGGAGUGCUGUUUCCAGUCCUUCAAGUGUCUGGAUGCAGACGCCGCUGCAGCAAAGUUCCGGCUGGAUCUGGGUUUCCGGAUGCUGUCGUGUGGUCGAGCAGACCUGGUGCCUCAGGCCACGGGGCUGCUGGGAGAUGCAGGCGUGGACGCCAUGGACGACCAGGGAAUGACUCCUCUGAUGUACGCGGCUGCAGCAGGUGAUGAGGCGUUGGUGCAGAUGCUCAUCGAGGCAGGAGCUCAGCUCAACCUGCAGGUUCCUGGGUUCUCCUCCAGACAUCCAUCUGUUCACCCCGGCAGUCGUCACUGGGUGGCGCUGACGUUUGCUGUGCUGCACGCUCACCUGUGUGUGGCUCAGCUGUUGCUGGAGGCUGGAGCAGACGUGGAGGGAGGAGCGCUGCUAGACGGACAGGAGAGCUCAGCGGAGACACCACUGCAGCUCGCUGCUGCUGCAGGUAACUAUGAGAUGGUGAGCCUGCUGCUCACCCACGGAGCUGACCCUCUGCUCAGAGUGCAUCAUGGGAGUUCUCUGACAUCACCUCUGUACGAGGACAUGAACUGCUUCAGCUACGCGGCAGCGCAUGGACACAGGAACAUCCUGAGGAGGCUGCUGCUGCGGCCGCGCCUCAGGAACGAGGACAUCCUCUCCCUGGAGGAGAUCCUGGCUGAGGGAGUGGAGGAGCGGGAGGCCGGAAUCCCAGCUCAUCCUCCGGCCGCCGACCCCCUGAGCAUCGUCCCCAGACUGAGCAAGGCCAGGAUGAAGGGCCUGCAGCAGGCGGCCUACUACAGCGCUGAGCACGGAUACCUGGACGUUACCAUGGAGAUCCGAGAGAUGGGUGUUCCCUGGAGACUCCACACCUGGCUGGAGUCUCUGCGCAGAGCUCAGCAGCUGUGCAGGGAUGACAUCACGGUCUCCCUCCUGACAGAGUUCCCCUCCAUCAGGACGGACGACUACAACCCCGAGCUGCUCUGCACAGGAAUCCCCCUCAUGUUCAGCAUGUUGGACACCAGCAAGGACUACGUGGUGCUGAAGCGUCUGGCUGCCGUCUUGUCCCACUGCUACGGCUCGUCCCCCGUCCCCGCCGUCCCGCCCAUGGACGUGUCUCUGACCACCAAGCUGGAUAUUCACUUCCUGAACAACAAGGAGAUGUCUGACGUGACGUUGAUGGUGGACGGACGUCCGUUCUUCGCCCACCGGGUGCUGCUCAUGUCGGCCUCUGAAAGAUUUCGUCGGAUGCUCGCCGACUCCCCCGACAACAUCAUCCACAUCAGUCACAUGACCUGCAGCACCUUCCAGAUGGUGAUGAAGUCUCUCUACUGCGGCGGGACCGAGGGCCUGAAGAUCUCUCACUCUGAAGCUUUGAAGCUGCUGCCGGUGGCCACGUUCUUCCAGCUCCGAGGUCUGCAGAGAUGCUGCGAGGCCACGCUGUCGCGGAGUCUGACUCUGGACAACGCUGUGAGCGUCUACCAGACGUCAGAGCAGCACGGGGGAGCCGAGCUCCGCAGGUUCUGCGAGGGAUUCUUCCUGCAGAACAUGGACCGUCUCCUGGACAGGGAGGACUUCCACCGCCUGCUGCUGGGGGGGGUCAGCCGGGGGCUGCUCUGCCCGGGCAUCGGCCCCCGGGCCGGGCCGGGGCACGGCCAGGGCCGGGACCCGCCCGGGCUCAUGAGAGACCUGGAGGCCGCGCUGAUCCAGAGACUUUACAACCUCCACGCGUCGUGUCGGGGGUAGAGACGCUGCCACGCUGGACUGGCUGGGCCUUUGGGAGAGGUAGCCAUACUGGACACACUGGACAUAACUGGACAGAGCUGGAUACACGGUCCAAACGGAUCACUGAUGACCAGGUUCCAUCUCCACUUUAGUCAUUUAUUAACUACUAAGAACUUUGUGGUCACUGAGUUUCUUGGACAGUUAUGUGGACAAACUGCUGGGUAAAAGGUUUGCCUCCAAGUGGUAACUGGACAAAACGUGUGUCUGGACGUGUUCAGAACCUGCUCUGGUCCACCUUCGGCCCUUUGAAUGGAGUUAAUGUUGCUGUGAAUGAAGAUCGUUGAUAACUGGACACACGUGAACACGCUCCUCACCAGGACAGGAUCCCAUUGUUGUUUGGAAAAAAACAAAUACUGGCAAUCUUUAUGGUGAAAUUAUGAUGAAAUCAUUAAAUCCUGAACGGUGAAUUUCACAGCAGGAACCGCAGGUCUGGAUCCAGACCCUGGUGGUCGGCACAAGAACUGCAGGUUUUCUUACCUCCAUGUGGACUUUAAUCUGGGUACUUGCAGUGUAAAGACAGAAUUGUUAACAUAAACGUGUUUAUUGAUAAAAUAAACCUA